UGUAGUGCAUGUUUCUAGACCAACAGAGGUUGAGGACAAAAGGAAGGAUCUUCCAAUAGUCAUGAUGGAGCAGGAGAUAAUGGAAGCCAUUAAUGAGAAUACUUGUGUAAUUAUAUGUGGUGAGACUGGUUGUGGCAAGACUACCCAAGUUCCCCAGUUUCUUUAUGAAGCUGGAUUUGGAUCCCAAAGUGAUGAUGGUAGAGGGGGCAUUAUUGGUGUUACCCAGCCCCGCCGUGUUGCUGUACUUGCAACUGCCAAACGAGUGGCAUUUGAGCUUGGCUUCCAUAUAGGAAAAGAGGUUGGCUUUCAAGUUCGGCAUGAUAGGAAGGUGGGGGAUAAUUGCUCAAUCAAGUUCAUGACAGAUGGAAUUUUGCUUCGAGAAGUGCAGAAUGAUUUUCUGUUAAGACGUUACUCAGUCAUAAUCUUGGAUGAAGCUCAUGAGAGGAGCUUGAACACAGAUAUACUUGUUGGAAUGCUUUCUCGUGUAAUAAGAGAGCGCCAGAGGGAAUAUGCAGAGCAGCAUAAGAAAGUUAUGUCAGGAGGUAUAGUAAGCUGCAAAGAAAAGAUAUAUCCUCUGAAACUUGUGCUGAUGAGUGCUACAUUGCGGGUUGAGGACUUUGUGUCUGGGGGAAGAAUUUUUCAUGAUCCUCCACCUGUAAUAGAAGUCCCAACGCGACAAUACCCAGUUACUACACACUUCUCUAAGAGAACUGAGAUUGUAGAUUAUGUUGGCCAAGCUUAUAAAAAAGUAUUGUCUAUCCACAAAAGGCUGCCUGCUGGUGGCAUACUUGUUUUUGUAACUGGACAGAGGGAGGUUGAGUUCUUGUGCCAGAAGCUACGUAAAGCUUCUAAGGAAAUAGUUGAGAAAAAUUGUAAGGAAAAAAAUGAGGCACUUUCAAUGUCUGCAUUAAAACCCACCGAAGAAAAAGAUAUGCAGGAGAUAAAUGAGGCAUUUGAGGUAAAUGAGAAUUCUAGUCAUGAAAUAACGGAUCGUUUUAAUUCCUAUGAUGAGGAGCAUGGGGAUACCUAUGAGGAUGAAUCAGAUAUGUCCUAUGAUUCGGAGGAUGAUAGUGAUCUGGAAGUCAGUUUUGAUGGGGAGGAUCUGUUAAACCAGCAUUCCUCGGACUCUGAUGGGAAAUUUGCAGUUCCCUUGGGAGAAGAUGGAAACCUUACUUCAUUGAAGGCUGCUUUUGAAGCUUUGGCUGGGAAAAAAGCCUUUGCGUCUGGGUCUACUGGAAGAGAAGUUGCUCCUGUCACUGCUGAGGGUGAAUCAAAUGCCUCUAGUUCCCAAUUGAGCAACAGCAUGGUUGCUCCCAGUAUUCAUCGUGCUGGUCCUAUGUGUGUUCUACCCCUCUAUGCCAUGCUUCCUGCAUCUGCUCAGCUUCGUGUAUUUGAAGAAGUCAAGGAGGGAGAGCGCCUUAUUGUUGUUGCUACCAAUGUGGCUGAGACCUCUUUGACAAUUCCAGGUAUAAAAUAUGUGGUUGACACAGGUAGAGAAAAAGUAAAAAGGUACAACUCCUCCAAUGGGAUGGAAUCAUAUGAAGUCCAGUGGAUAAGUAAGGCUUCAGCUGCCCAACGUGCAGGGAGAGCAGGAAGAACUGGACCUGGUCAUUGCUAUCGCCUUUAUUCAUCAGCAGUCUUUAAUGACAUAUUCUCUCCCUUCUCAGAUGCUGAAAUAUUGAAAGUGCCCGUGGAUGGUGUUGUGCUCCUUAUGAAAUCCAUGCAUAUUGGCAAGGUUGCAAAUUUCCCUUUCCCAACACCUCCUGAGCCAACUGCCUUAGUUGAAGCAGAGCGAUGCUUAAAAGUUCUUGAAGCACUUGAUGUCAAAGGAAGGUUGACGCCUCUUGGGAAGGUCAUUCCUUCUCAUCACUUCUCUCACAUUUUGCUUCAAGCCAUCUGGAUCAGACUGUGUUUGUUCGAACUCCAUAACAAAAGGAUUUGA